GUUUGGGUUUUACAAAAAUAAAAAGUGACCACACGAAAUAUUCCUCAGUCUCGAAAAAAAUCAACCCUGUCGUAUUUUGACUAACCUCGACCAGCCCUAUAAUAAAUCAUACCAAACAACCAAAAUUAACCAAACAAAAACCACCUUUACAGAGCACAAAAGCCAAAAAGGCUCAUUAAAAACCUUCGCUCGGCAGUGCACAAACCACGGUUUUCAUCUCUUCGCCAAAUCUCUCUGAGAUAACGCAGAGGCGCGCGGCGAGCGGGGGAGAGACCCGAAAAACUUUUCUAUAUAUCCCUGGGGAAUCUACCGUGAGGCCACACCUACCGCGCCCCUCCUAUACCAGACUCCGCCUCAUUUAUCCCGGAUAGUCCUGAAUCUUUACUGUCUCUGAUGAUCUCUCAGUAUGGGCUCAAUGCUCGGCAUCACUGUGUCAUUGGGGUGACGUCACUGAGGAACGUCUUUGUGUGCCAAAUUUGUGAAUGUGUGCGUAUUAAGUUGAAGAUCUUUACUGUGACGUCACUGGUUAAGACUAAUAUGGUUGAAGUGGUGUUCGAUUGAGACUGGAUUGUUUUUAUUAACCGUGUGGUAAUUAUUUUAUUGAUUUUAACGUGGGUUUUGGAACAGCUUCAAGCUGGAGGGCUUAGACUUUGAAGCUGACGGAGGCUCGAUGGAGAUGGAUCACAGUAUGUCUGGCUCAGAUGAUGAAAUAGAGGUAACCUCCGAAACCGACCAGGCAAAUAACAGCUUCGACGAACCCCAAAACUUCACUAACAACAACUUCGUGAAGCACAACGCGAUGGUCUCUGCCAAAGAAAUUUCAGUGAAAACGGACCUUUACUAUAAAUCCAAAGACUCCUUAGAUAUGAAACAAAAAGAAUCUCUUCUUAAGGGCGUUACAAUGCUUUACAAUCAGUUGGUACCCAGCGAGAUUGAACUGAAAGACGGAGGAGUAUUUGCCAAGGUUCCCAUUCCCAAGAGAACCACUUAUGGACCGUUUCAUGGAAAAUGGGCUGAGGAUCCUGAAGAUGCUAGAUUUGCAUGGGAGAUCUUGGCAGGAUCCGGAGCCAAAGGCUGGUUAGAUGGAUCAAGGGAGACGCAAAAUUGGAUUAAGUUUAUCAGAUCUGCCCUAAAUAAAGAUGAGUCUAACGUACGCCAUUUUUUAUAUAGUGGCAAGAUAUGGUAUGAGACAAUCAAUGAUAUUUUACCAGGCGAGGAGAUUGUUUUAGAACCUAAGGUACUAAUCAAUCUGCGAGAUAUGUUUCCUGAUUCUAAUAAUGAUGACAGAUCUGAUAGAGAAACCGCCUCGCAGCAUAGCGGAACAGUUGAGGAACGCGAAGAAGACGAAGACGACGAUAACCAAGUGAGAUGUUGCAACUGUGACCAACAAUUUAGUGACGUAGAAAAACUAGACGAGCACCUAAUACAAAAACACAACUAUCGUCGUAACGAGUAUAAAUGUGAACGUUGUCCGCAAGCUUAUUCAUAUAAACCAUGUUUAAUACGUCAUAAAGCCAUUGUCCAUGGCGAAACUAAGAAGUACCAUUGCGAAAACUGUACCAGGUAUUUCACCGAUCCAAGUAACCUACAGAGACACAUCAGGACACACCACGUGGGUGCCAGAUCGCAUGCCUGUCCAGAUUGCGGAAAGACCUUUGGCAGCUCCUCUGGAUUAAAGCAGCAUAUGCACAUACACUCGAGCGUAAAGCCUUUUCAGUGUGAAGUUUGCUUUAAGGCCUACACUCAAUUCUCGAACCUCUGCAGACAUAGACGAAUGCACUCUGAUUGCCGCCUCCAAGUCAAGUGUCUUAAGUGCAACCAACCCUUUUCUUCAGGAACAUCACUGGCCAAGCAUAAGCGUUUUUGUGACGCUAGUGACCAGCCACAGCGCUUGAAUAUACCAUCACAGAUACCAAUGGCGAACUACCCAUUUUAUAGGGCUUCUGGGGUUCCAUUACAUUUUCCAUUUGCGACGCAAUUUCCCAACUACCCACAACCAAAUUUAUUCCCCGGCACACUGAGUCCAGGAUUUAUAGCUCCGUUUUUGCUGAACCAGUUGCAAAAGCCAAAAUUAGAUGAGAAUCCUGACUCACUCCCUGCAAGAAAACCGAAACCGAUUAGUCCUGUGAAGCAAGAACUAUUUAAGAAAGAAAGAUUGACGCCUCCAAGAAUACCAUUUACGAUUAAAAAGGAGAGUCCCUCCGCUGCUGAAGAAGCCAACUCAACACCAUCACCUGCUAAACCUUUGGUUACUUCAACAUGGCAGGUUAAGGCGGAAAAUGAAUUAAAGGAAGAGGCUCCAAAAGAUUUUACUCAGACAAGAGCUACCUGUGACUCAAGCGAAGAAGGAGAGGAACCGCUUGACUUGUCUGGAUGGAACACUUAUUCAAAAUCACUUGAUAAGGCUAAUGAUAUUGCUCAAGAAAAAACUUUAUCUCCUCAAUCACCAGUUGAAGAAGAUUUAAAGAUACAAGCAACAGUAGAACAAGAAUCUGUAAAGACGACUCCCCCACCAGCGACACCUCCAAUGGCUUAUCCACGUCCCACCUAUCCUAUGCUACUCGAAAUGUACCAGCCAACCUUUCCAAAUUUCCAACAAAACAACCUUCCAUUCGGAGGACCGAGACUUCCCUUCUUUAGUUCACCUCUUCAUCAGCGAUUGGAUCUGCUUAGACCGAACCUUCAAGGUUUUAAUCACGCUAAGCCAUACCACGAUAUUAUCCAUCAGCAAAACCAACAAGGCAAAAGUAAGGAUCGUUACGCCUGUAAGUUUUGCGGCAAGGUGUUCCCCAGAAGUGCCAAUCUGACACGUCAUCUACGUACGCACACUGGGGAGCAGCCUUAUAAAUGUCGUUACUGUGAGCGCAGUUUUAGCAUAUCUAGUAAUUUGCAGCGACAUGUAAGGAAUAUUCACAACAAAGAAAAGCCUUUUAAGUGUCCAUUAUGUGAAAGAUGCUUUGGACAACAGACUAAUUUGGAUCGUCAUCUUAAGAAGCAUGAGAGUGACGAUGGUAAUGGAAUGGUUACUGUGGCUGAUUCGCCUGAGAGUAGUAAUGAAAAUGACCGAGAGGAAGCUUAUAUUAGGUUGGAUGAGAUUAGGAACUUUGUUGGUAAAGUUACUAAUGGUCAAGAUUAUUAUAAUUCUACCAGAUUGUAUUCACCGUCGUUCCAGAGUGAGAUUGAUGUGGUGGGAAAAGAUGAUGAUGAAGCAGAUGAUGUAUAUUCUUCAGGUUGUAUUAGUGAAUACUCUAAGGAAGUAAAGCCUGAAAACAUUAAUAAUCAUUCUCGGGUGAUUGCGACAUAAUUAGUUUGUCUCGUAGAUAUUGUAUAUUAGUGUAAAACAAAUCUGAGGGUUUUUUUACCAAAUAAUAUUAUAUUAGGUGUGACCCUAAAUUUUUGAUUCCCAAUGGGUCAAUAAAAAAGCGUCUGUGUUAUAAUUUUAAAAAAUAUUUUAAUUAAUUUUUUGUACAUAUAUUGGAUUAGGGCAUUAAGGAUGAAUAUAAGAGUUUUUUAAAGUUCCUACACACAUUUUGUCUAUUAUAAGCAAAUCAAGCACCAGGGGUAACAAGUACUUAAUAAAUUUUUAAAUGGAUCAUUAAUUGUCUAGCAAAAGUAGGUAAAUUGUAUAUAAUUUUAAGUGAAUCUCCAUCUACCUUUGCUAGAUAAUAUGUUUAGACAUUUCGCUUUGUAAAUAUUCUAUUUAAAUUUGCACCGCUAAAAACUGUUUAGAAUUUAUUAUUUGUUACUUAAAUUAUACAUUAAAAAUUAUUUUGACAAAAUUUUAUGAAAAAUUUGUUUAAGUGACACAAAGCCAAAGUUUAUUUUGUAUUUUAUUUGUUUAUUUUAAGCUUUUAAUUUGUUUUGUGAAAAGCUUUAUGUAGCUUUUAGCCUUUUUUUUUUAAUGUUAAAAACAUGUUAGUGUAAUAUACC